AUGGCUCAUCAUGAGCUGCUGCUACGUUCAGCUCCACAAGGGAGGCUAUGCAAGCUCUUCCUGUGCUGGCUCGCUAUCGGGGGACACUUGAACCGAGCCAGUGGAGUCUCUGACAGCGAUGUGGUGGGUGUGGCAUCGCACUUGUUCGGAUCUAGUCGGAUGUCGGACCCUGCCGUGAAUCGGCGGGCAGCCGAAGAGUAUUGGAAGGCCAAAGACCUACAAGAAGCACAGCAUAGGUCCAGACUGGAAGCAGUGGCAAAGGCGGCAGGGCGACAGCUCCAGCUAAAUGCGCCUCCGUACGAUGUCUUCACAACACCGCCAUACGUCAACAUAGUGGUCUUUGACUCCCAUGAUUCCAAUUGCGAUGUGAACUUUGAGUCACCUCCAGUUACGGACCCACUUCAGGUGGGAUAUCCUGCGGACGGUACUGCGUCCUUACGUCAAGGAAACAUGGCAUGCGGUGUGGCACCCGCACGUUUCGUUUUCACAACUUCUGACUUGCCGGCCUACGAAGAUAUGACGGUCGAUGCCAAGAUGCAGAUACGCAUCACAUGCUCGGAAGCCUUCUUCGUAGAGUCACUUACUUGCGAAAACGUCCUGGAUGCGACUGGCGACUUCCCCCGGAUAGAAGGAUGCCGCUUCCAGGAUCACGAGGCCCGCUUGAUUCUGCAAACACGCCUUAGAAAGCAAUCCAUGUAUUCCUUGACGCUCAAGCUGCUGCUGCCUCCAGGCAGAAUGACAGCAGCUCAGAACAACUAUGUCUUCACAACGGAGUUUGACCCGAUGACGGUGAUCGAGGGUACGGAAACUUCGAUCGAUCUGGGCUACACGGUGCCACACGCCAAAGAUGACACCGAGUACCCAGGGAGCUAUCAGACCCGAGGCUACAUCACUGGCUUUUUCUACGGAGCAUGGACUCCCACGCCAGAUGGGCGGAUGCUCAUCACCUUUGGCCUCCGUACCUUCGGCUUUAUGAACACGGAGUACAACAUCGACGUUGUGGCAUAUCCAACCAAUGUUUGGAAACUCGGUACUCCUGGGACUGAUUGCGAGGACUACGGGCAGCCGCAUGUUGGCACAACUUGUCGCCUCAGGUCUUUCCAAGGAGCUUUAGCAUCAGAGGCAAAUGGUUUCCGCCUAGACGUGGGCACAACACCCAUGAAUAAUUUGGGCACCCAGGGCGCUGCUGAAGUUACUUUGGGCAUUCCGAAGCCGCCGACUGCUGUUAACAUGUACUGGACGGCCACAUCUUUUCGAAUCGAUCAGGAUCAGCUGCCACAGGAGCCUUUUACAGUCUUUAGCGACAGGCCUGUGAGUGUCAUGGGAACUCCGACUGGUCGAAUUGCAGCGUUUGAACGAGGUGAUGUCGAUGUGGAGCAGUGGGUGGUCCUGGAGUUCAAACCGGGCAACACAGUCAUGCCUGCAACGGAAAUGUCUGGCAUGAUCGUCAUCAUGCCUCCGUCCACCUUCACCAUUGUUGCGAGCGCCGCCCCACAACUGCCUUCGACCAACUACAACGAGCUCCCAUGCACGUCUUGGCCAGAAGCUGAUCGCCUGGCAGGGCGCUGGGUUUGUCCACUGGCAGACUCUGCUCCUUUUAAGGAGACCACAUAUGGUGUUCGGCUGAAGGUCCGGAAUCCUGCACAGCCCGGCGCGGCCAGGUCCUGGCGUAUUGAGCUGUGGGAGCAAGACGCCGCCAAGCCAGUUUCCGCGACUCGUGGGAUCCGGGGCAUGGAGGUGUCUGGUCCCAUGCAGGCGGCCUUGUCGCAGGAAAACCAGCUUCUGGACAGCAUCAACACUGUGCGGUUUGACAUUAUUCCAUCACAGCCAAUCGGCAAUGUCCCCAACACCCGAUUGCGCGUUCUGGCUCCACCUGGCUUCUUCAUCAUCAAGCGAUGUCUGAACUUCAUGCCGAUUGAGCUGCCAGAUGCAGAAUGUAUAGGAUCCGAUUCCAACUCCUUUGAGCUGGUCUUCUCGGAGCCCGGCGCAAUCCAGGCAGGCGUGCAGUAUUCCUUCUCGCUGCAGAUGCAGAACCCAGUUGACUACAUACCUGAUGACCUGAACGUAUGGUCUUUCGACACGCUGAGACCAGACGGAGUUGCUCGAGACACGGCCCGUUCUCCGGGCUUCUUCCUGUAUCCAUACGCGUUCUCAUCCUUUGUGGUUGUGGCGCUCAUGCGCAAGCCUGGCCCACAAACUGUGGUGAUCCGCUUUGUGUCGCCACUGCUGAUUCCCUUCGACGACUACAUUCGCAUUCGUGCUCCAGAAGGGGUCGCCUGGUACACUGCUGACCUGCAGUUCAGCACGGAAGCUGCGCUGACACAAGCAAACCUCCUUGGAGCUCAAGACCCCACUGUUGAGUUUGAAACACCAAAUGAGCUGGCGGUUCAACUCACCACGACUGCUGAAGCCAACUUCGAGUAUGGUAUGGCAGCGCGUGCUGAAAUUCCACAAUCCACGCCUGUGCCCAAUGCAUGGUGGAUUGAACAGUAUCGUCGAACGGGCCUUCCGGCGCCGAACAGCUGGAGAUACAUCGCUUCAAAAGGUGCUGCAGGAUUCAAGACGCAAGUCUUGGUGAACACAAGAGUGGACCCGUUCAACAUCGUAGCAGAGGGCUGGCAGAAUCCGACUCUCUUUGUGUUUGAGACGACAAUGGAAGUCAUGCCGUUCCUGCGAGCUACGGCAUCAGGGACAGAGCUCAUACCUGCGAUGCUCCUGGUGGAAGCACCGCCCGGGUUCACCUACAUUUGCCCAUUGUCGCCAACUGUGUAUAUGCCGACAUACUCUAUCUCGUUGCCGAGCGACGUGACGUGCAACGUGGAUCACAACACCUUGGCCAACCGAAACAAGCUUUUCCUGGAGCUCCCUUCAGGUGUGCAGGGAGAUACACGAUAUGCCUUCACGAUCGACGUUGUGAAUGCGAGGUUCAUUGACCCUCUGCGAAACUUCUUCCGAUUGGCCACGAUGCUUGAUGGUGAGGUCGUCGAAGAAGGACAGGCAGCCGGCUUUCAGCUCGCCCAGAGGAUGGACAACACACGCUACAUGCAGUUUGAAAUUCGGGAGGACCGCGUGGUUGAAGCAACAUCAAAUGUGGUCUCGUUUGUGAUUGGCACAACCCUGGCUGUCACGGAACCUUCAGUUCUGGAGGUCCGCGCUCCUAUCGGGUUCAUUUUCGCGGAUGCCUGCGAUGGCUUGGUUGGCUGGGCCACGUGGAUACCAUUGAUGCGCAUCGGGCCACAAAUGGAUUUAUGCCAGGGAAUGGGCGCAGCAGAUGCCAGCAUGCAGCACAUUGCAAGAGUCACGAUCUCGGGCUCGUGGGAACUUGGAGACUACGGACUUUUUGCAACGGUGCAGAAUCCCAUGUUUACCCCAGCACGAAACUUUUGGGGCUUUACGAUUUAUGACAGCAACAUGUUGCCCCUCAUGUCGGAGUCUUGGGUGUUCGGCUUCCAGAUCCAGGUGGUGUUGGACCCACGGCUAAAAGCUUACAACCAAGGCAACGGUGUUGACGGCGAGGCUGCCAUCAACUAUGUGGACAUCAGUUUCAUGCUGAGCACGAGGAUUCCACCGGAACCCAGCCGCGCACAUUCGAUAGUUGUGACAGCUCCGACUGGCUUCUUCUUUCCCAGCAUCUGUCAGAGCUUCACGAUCGACACAUUUACGCCGGGCUUCAUUGGAUUGCCGAAAGGAUCUGGCUGUGAGGGAAACAAUGGCAACGUCCUACAGGUGACCGUCCCCUUCAUGCGCGAGCUUCGGAACGAGACCUACUACAUGUUCAGAGCUUUGGUGGUGAACCCCCGGGAGACCUUCUUGAACAUCGAUUCACCAGAGAAGUAUUGGCGCAUUGAGUCACGAGCCGGAGGCAUGGAGCUCGUCGACCUGAACAGGGUAAUCCCCUCCUUUGCGAUAUACCCGCGAUUGCGAUACUUCGCGGUGGCUGCCUUGUCGCAGGUGGGCCUGGCAUCUACGACCUACCGGAUCCACUUCCGAACGGACCAAUCGUUGCCACCACAGCAGACCGUGCAUAUCCACCCACCCACGGGGACCACUUUCGGUGGUCUUACCGAUGGCACAUGCAUUGACACCGAUCCCGUGCUGCUCAGCCUUCAAUUCCCGACUCCACUGAUUUCGCGGGUAACUCGCUUGCCCGAGUGGGUUUCCUGCCGGGUAGUGAGCUCGACAGAGCUGAUGCUACGCAACGAAGAGCCCAUCUUGGGCGGUCGUCCGCUGAUCUCUGGUCCUGUCUUCGAGUUUUUUGUCAUGAAUGCGACAAAUGCGGAGAGCACGCCACAGCUCAAUCUGUUCCAGAUCGAAGCCAUCACAAGCACGGCGAUGGGGAAGGAGGUUUGGACAGCACCGGGCUGGGUUAUCUACCCGGAACUUACCAUGACGUCAGUGGAGACGGCCAAUCCUGGCUACGGACUGUACACGAACUUCACCCUUACGCUGCAAACUGUUACAGAGGUGCCAUCCGGUGGCUCGAUUCGAAUCAUUGCGCCUGACGACUAUUACUUUGGGCCGCUGAUUGAAACAGCAGAUACCCGGUACGAUCCACUGGAGUCGGAACCAGCACCACAAGGGGCCGGACAGGAGCGCCCUCCAGCACAAAGAGUCACGAUUUGCCACAUCCUCCGAACCAUGGCCUGGGCAUGCGCGCUGGAGUUCACCCCUUGCGUCAUCAUGGACGAACUGGACGAGCUGAGAACGCUUGGCAUGGUGCUCUCACCCUCGCAAGAGGAUGCCUGGCGGACGAAUCGGACUCUGUGCUUGGAUAUGAGGUCAAAAUGUGACCCUGGAGGAAGGCUUUCAGACCUCAUAUCCUGUGAAAGCCAGGGCAGCACCUUGGAUCUCUACGUGGCACCACAAGUCUUCUUGCCGUCUCGGCGAAUCUUUCGCUUUUUGAUCCAAGGUUACAAUGCACGAAAUCCUCCUACAAGUGCUGCUGCGAAUUCGUGGCAUUUCAUGACGCGGAACUCAGACAGUGAGAAGACGAUCUUGGAUGAGAAGCCACAGGUGCCUGGAGUGUCCCUCAUCGGAAUCGUAUCCGUGGAUUCCAUUGUGCCAUCAAACACGAAGGUAAGUAGCAUUGAGAACUACGUGACCGUGACACUGCGGUUGGCUACGCAGCCGUACUUGGAGGUGGAGUUGGUGGAGGAUUUACGUGGCCAGAUUCUGACCAAGCAACAGCUGUUGGCAUUGCAAUUGGAUUCCGGCCCUGUCAAGCGUCGAGCCACCCACAUGCUCCGGUCCGGUGUUUGUCAAGCACUUUCCUGGGCAGAUGACGGAGGCCCCGGAUCAGCCAGGUGCUCGGACCGCCUCAGCAACUUGGCCGUGGCACUGCACUCUCCGACUUCGUCCAUCCGCAUCCUGUGCGCAGCAUCACGAGCAAGUGCCGGUCUUUGGCACAGUCUGAGAAAUGGCAUACUCUCCAGACAGGCUGCUCUUUGUGCGAGCGAGGAAGAGCUUCUGGCAUACGGCAGAAAUGCAGAACGACGCAUGUCGGAAAGAGACAAACUCGCGUGGCAACAGUGGAAAGUAUCCAGACCAGAUGAGGCUUCAGACCUUUCUGGCAGUGUUUGGACUUUGCCAGACACGGGAGGGCAGAAAGAAAUCUCGGAAUUUCAAGAGCCAGCGAAGAUGACAUCGCUGCGUCCCUAUCAGUCCGAGGCUGUUGCUGCGGUUCAGACCGCAUCGCCGUCGAACUGCUGUGUUGUAUUGCCCUGUGGUGCUGGCAAGACCCGGGUCGGGGCAGCCAUCACAGCACAGUUUUUGAAUGAACAUCCGAAAAGCUGUGUUGUUGUCCUGUGCCUCCGCCGUGAAGGUGUCCGGCAAUGGUGCCGUGAAUUGCUGCAGAACUGGGACUUAGGGGCUCUUGAGGUUGGUCAAGCCGGCGCCCAUACGCUGCGAACCGCCAGGAUACUGUUGGUAACAUACCAUCGUAUGUUGUCUGAAAAGAGGCGUUCUCAGACCCCAAAGUCUUUGAACUGGGAAGACGAUGGCAUCGGUGAAGGAGGCGCUCUUGAUGAAGACGCGGGGGGAGCAGUCGCUGCCCGCUUUCGCUCUUCAUCCGAAGCACUGUUGAUUGCCGAUGAGUGCCACAUGGUACCGGCACCAAAGAUCUGCGAGCUCUUGGAGACAUUACUAGAAAACAAGAAGGGCCGUAGGCUUGUUGGGCUGACAGCAACGCUUCUACGCGAGGGCGGCGCGGGCGUGAAAGGUGCGCCUGAAGGUGAUGUUCCCUGGCCAUUGCUUGGCACGUGCGUGUUCCGCGAAACCUUCGCAAACCUGGCCCCCGAGUUUCUCGCCCCGGUUCGAUGCCUCGAGAUUUCCGUACCAGUGGCCGGGGAAUGGCGCAAGAUGUUCCAGAGGCAGCCACUUGCAGCAGCUGUUUGCUUGUCCUACCAGAAGUGGGUUGUCCUAGAACACCUGCUUGCGAAGCAUGCGGGCGAAUCCAUGUUGAUCACAGUCGAGCGCUGUGAACAAGCCCGGCUGCUGGCCGCGAUGUUUGGCAUCAUACCACUUGACGGCUCUGUUCCGGCUUCGCAAAUGAAGGACUACCUUGAACGCUUCCGGCAGCGAAAAAUUCUGGCACUGGUUGCCACACAUGUUCUGGAUGACAGCGCCGACUUCCCCGAGCUGUCUGUGAUGAUACAGAUGGGCGGCCAUUUCGCAAGCCGCAGGCAGGAGCAGCAGAGACUGGGGAGACUUCUCAGGUGGGGCCCCAUCAAGCGGCAACGGUGGGAAGCCACCGGAGCACGGCCUACGUUCUAUGUGCUGGUGCAUCAAGGCACUAUAGAAGAGAAGAUGAGUCGACAUCGCACAAAGUCUGUCUUGGGCGUUCAAUACGAGUGUGUGGACGCUUCCUCCGUGACAUCUAGCCCAGAGUCAUGCUUGGGUGGAGGAAGUGACUUCUUACAUCCCGGGCUUACUGGCGAGAAGGGGAAUGACUUCGAAAAGAAGCAUUUGGAAGUCAUGGUGAAAAACUACAGGAGUUGCCUGGAACUCUCGCAACAUGUAGCAGCCAGCCUUCCACAGCGAACAGGUUGCCAGGGCACCCGAGAGUCUCGUCUUGCGGAGAUCCGUCGAUGGCUCAACGGCGAGUCCUUGGAAGAUGGCAUGCAGGCCUCUCCAUCGACAGCAUCUUCUAAGUCGUCAUCGUCGGGCGGAUCAUCAGACUCAUCAGGCAAUAGCUCGGACAGCUCAUCCCUGUCUACAGAUUCCUCGAAGCGCUCUGAAGCAAAUGCUGCAACGAAAGAGCUGGCUCCAAGCAUUGCCGGAAGAAAGCGCAAAGCUUCCAACAUCAAGGAAUCAGCACACAGCAAAAGAGAUGGCCGCCACGGUCGUGGUCGCGGUCGCCGUGCUCCCGGCUCCAAGGGUCGAGGCAGAAGCACCCUCAACAGCCUCUCAGUUUCUUUGCGUCCCGGGAUCGAAGGUGUUCAGAGUGAGAUAGACCUUACACCUACAGCAGCCACGGAGGAGAAACAACCAGAAGACAGUAAGAUUUUUACGCAAAUCCAAAAAUCCGAUCACUCGGCCUUUGCGAUUGAUUUGGAGUAG